UAGCACAAAGAAGAGACUUGAGAAAAACAAAACAAACAAGAAACACACACACAAGUUCACUCUACUCUAUGGAAAUGAACUCCCCACACGAAAAGGCGGUGCAAGCUAUCCGUUAUGGCCAAAGGUGCGCCAUGCGGUUGAAGAUGCGGCUCGACCAUCCAAUGGCUGAUGGCGGACCGGUUGCAAGUUAUGAUCUUGCUAAAUCGAUCGUCGAAAGCUUUUCCAAUGCCAUUUCAAUCUUAUCCGCUAAACCAACAACCGAAGAUGAUCAGUUUUCUGAUUUAUCUUCAAGGGAUUCUUCUCCUUCUCCACAGGGGAGCCCCUCCAAGAAAAGAAAGAUUGAUAGUACAGAUUCAAGUGAGAAUUGGAGGGACGAUUCACCGGAUCCGAUUUACUACGACGGGUAUCUUUGGAGGAAAUACGGCCAAAAGAGUAUAAAAAAAUCUAAUCACCAAAGGAGCUACUAUAGAUGUUCUUACAACAAAGAUCAUAACUGCGGAGCAAGAAAGCAUGAACAAAGGAUCAAAGACAACCCUCCUGUUUACCGAACCACUUACUUUGGCCACCACACUUGCAAAACCGAACAUAAUCUAGAUGCCAUUUUUAUAGCCGGACAAGAUCCCGUAGAUGAUUCGAAAAGUGCCCAAAUGAUCCGAUUCGGAAAAGAUCUCACUCAGGAGAAUGGAAGCUACUCGAAAGGUUUCUCCUUAUCGGUUAAGAGUGAAGAAGAUAUCACUAGAGAGCAAACCAUGGAUCAGUACCGUGAGAUAAACAGUAAUGACCAAGAUUGUCAAGAUGUGAUUGAAGAAGAUCUAUCAUCACCAUCAGGCUCUUAUCCUCCUUCAUUGUCAUCUGGCAGUGAAAGUGCUGACUUUAAUUCUGAUUUGUUAUUUGACAACCUAGACUCGUGGGAUCAUUAUGAUCAGUUUUACUUUGGAUUGCCCUAGAUUUUUCAGCUAAGACUAUUUAUUAAUGUUUUCUUUUUAUGAGAUUGUAUGUAUUUGAGAAUUGUGACUAUUUAUGUUAUUCAUUAGUUAUUUGGACUAUAAGUAGAAUAUGUAAAACCGGGCUUUGUUUGAGAAAAUGUAAUAUUUACGAAGGUUUGAUCUUUUUUUUUUGUUGUUGAUAACUAAGAGGUUUUUGGCCGAAGCACACACUUCUUCUUACAUUCAGAACGAUUAAUAGAAAAUAAAUCUUGACACACUGA